AUGAGGUUUCAAUCCCUUGUUCUUCUCAUGGUCAUUAUGUUGGCCUCUAUAGCCAUUGAUAGAGUUAAAUCACUAGGAGGAUUUAAUCCCGUCAACAUCAAUGAUCCACAUGAGAUUGAGAUCGCCAAUUUCGCUGUCAACGAGUACAAUAAGGAGAAAACUGUAACAAAAUUGAAGCUCGUUAGGAUCAUUAAGGGUGAAUCCCAAGUAGUCGCGGGGAUCAACUACCGCCUCAUCAUUUUGGCCUCUGAUGCUUCAAGUGCUCGCAAUUAUGAAGCCAUUGUGUUCGAAAAGCAGAACUUCAAGAGCCUCACUUCUUUUAAACUUGCACAUGCUUAA